AUGGCCCCCAAACGGGUUCUCAAAUUCUCCCAAAGCGAGAACGAAUUAUCGUACGUUCUCGUCCAAGUUUCGUCAAAGGGCUCAAAGCCACUGGACCUGAAACUGGUCGGCACAGAAGGCGAGGCGCCCUACGUGUGUUCGUUACGGCAUGACCGUGUUGCAUCUCUCCGCGUCAAAAACUGCCCCGUCUCCGAAGCAGAAUGGCAGACCGUACUGCAGUCCGUCUUCGAGCAGCAGCCGCUUCCGGAUAUUCAGGCAUCCGCCACGGUGCAGAGCGGAUCGUCGAUAUCCCUCACCGUCCGGAAACAGGUCCAAGGCAUCACUCAACGUCUCGGCGCCAUCACGCUAGGCUACGACGGGGACGAGGCCAUCGAGCUGUUUGAAUGGUGCGCCACGUCCGUCGACGCCGUCACCCAGGCCAAAGCCGCCGCGUCCGCGUCCGACGCCCAGGUCCGAGACCUGCAGACUUCCGUGGAUGAGCUCAGGUCCCAGCUGGAUGAGCUCGUCGCCGCCAAGCAGGAGGAUGAGGUGGCGGUGCUGCAAAAGUUUAGAGAUUUGCUCAAUGAGAAGAAGGUCAAGAUUCGGGAGCAGCAGAAGAUCAUCACGGAAUUGUCUGCGAAUGGCGCUCACCGCGGAGAGGCGGGCGAGGUGGAGGAAGUACAGACUGUCAAGAGGGGGAAGAAGGCGCCCAAGAGAAAGGCCCAGGCUGUUGAGAAUGAGUCCCCAGAGGAGGAUGUCGAUAUGACAGCCAAGGAUGAGCCGGAAGAUGAGGAUGCGGAGAGUACGACGGAGGCGACGGCUUCUCUGGCGAAUGAGGACGAGGACGAGGAUGAAGACAUGGGCGGGACGGUGGGCGAAGCUGUGAGGGAGCCAUCGCCACCACAAAAGAAACGAGAUGCGCCUCCGCCGCCGCGGGCUCUGCCGUUUCAAAAGAAGAAGCAGGUGGUAGCUGCGGGUGAUUCGGACGACGACGAAUUAUGA